CCUGGGAGGAGGCGGUGGCUGGAGGAGCGCGAGCAGUGGCAACCCUGUCCGCGGCCGCGACGUUCGCCGGGGCUGCCGGAGGAUCGAGCGGCUGUAGUGAUGGAGCAGCUUUCAGAUGAAGAAAUUGACCAUGGUGCUGAAGAAGACAGUGACAAGGAAGACCAGGACCUGGACAAAAUGUUUGGAGCCUGGCUUGGGGAACUGGACAAACUCACUCAGACUUUGGAUUCUGACAAACCCAUAGAACCAGUGAAAAGAUCUCCUCUUCGCCAGGAAACAAACAUGGCCAAUUUUUCUUAUCGUUUCUCCAUAUACAACUUGAAUGAAGCUCUGAAUCAGGGAGAGACUGUUGAUCUGGAUGCCCUGAUGGCCGAUCUUUGCUCUAUAGAACAGGAGCUCAACAGUAUUGGUUCAGGAAAUAGUAAGCGUCAAGUCACAGAAACAAAAACUACUCAGAAAUUACCUGCUAACCGACAUACAUCAAAACAUGGCACCUUGAAAGGAUUAUCUUCUUCAUCUAAUAGGAUAACUAAACCUUCUCAUGCUAACUACUCUCUAGAUGACAUCACUGCACAAUUAGAACAGGCCUCCUUGAGCAUGGACGAGGCUGCUCAGCAAUCUCUACUAGAAGAUACUAAGCCCUUAGUAACUAAUCAGCACAGAAGAACCGCAUCAGCAGGCACAGUGAGUGAUGCUGAAGUUCGCUCUAUUAGUAACUCCUCCCGUUCUAGCAUCACGUCUGCAGCCUCUAGCAUGGAUUCUUUGGAUAUUGAUAAAGUGACACGCCCUCAAGAACUGGAUUUGACAUCUCAGGGGCAGCCAAUUACUGAGCAUGCUAUUUCUCUGAGAUGUCCCCGCAAGCAGGCCAAGCGUCAUAUUGACUUCACAGAAGAACAGGCUGAGCUGACACCUCACUCCUAUCUGGACAGGGAAACAUCCCUUCUUCUGAGAAACAUUGCAGGAAAACCUUCUCAUUUGCUGACCAAGUAUAUUAUGGCCUAUUGCUGGAAAUUACAAGAGGAACAGGCAGCAAAAUUGAAAGCGGAGAAGAUCAGAAUCGCCCUAGAGAAAAUUAAGGAGGCACAAGUGAAAAAGCUGGUGAUUAGAGUCCACAUGUCUGAUGACAGUUCGAAAACAAUGAUGGUAGAUGAGCGGCAGACAGUGAGACAAGUGCUGGAUAACCUGAUGGACAAAUCCCACUGUGGUUAUAGUUUAGACUGGUCUCUGGUAGAGACCAUUUCUGAGUUACAAAUGGAGAGAAUAUUUGAAGACCAUGAAAACUUGGUUGAAAAUCUUCUUAAUUGGACAAGAGAUAGCCAAAACAAGCUUAUAUUUAUGGAGCGUAUAGAAAAAUAUGCACUUUUCAAAAACCCACAGAAUUAUCUCCUAGGGAAAAAGGAAACAGCUGAAAUGGCAGAUAGAAACAAAGAAGUGUUGUUGGAGGAAUGUUUUUGUGGAAGUUCUGUAACUGUACCGGAAAUUGAAGGAGUGCUUUGGUUGAAAGAUGAUGGCAAGAAGUCCUGGAAAAAACGUUAUUUUCUGUUGAGAGCAUCUGGUAUCUACUAUGUCCCUAAAGGAAAAGCAAAGGUCUCUCGGGAUCUGAUGUGUUUUCUCCAGCUGGAUCAUGUCAAUGUUUAUUAUGGCCAGGAUUAUCGGAACAAAUACAAAGCACCUACAGACUAUUGUCUGGUGCUAAAGCACCCACAAAUCCAGAAGAAAUCUCAGUAUAUCAAAUAUCUUUGUUGUGAUGAUGUGAGGACUCUACACCAGUGGGUCAACGGGAUCCGCAUUGCAAAGUAUGGGAAGCAGCUCUACAUGAACUAUCAAGAAGCUUUGAAGAGGACUGAAUCAGCUUAUGAUUGGACUUCCUUAUCCAGUUCCAGCAUUAAAUCAGGAUCCAGUUCUUCUAGCAUCCCAGAGUCUCAGUCAAAUCACUCUAAUCAGUCUGAUAGUGGAGUUUCUGAUACCCAGCCAGCCGGACACGUUCGUUCCCAGAGCAUAGUGAGCUCCAUCUUCUCUGAAGCCUGGAAACGAGGUACUCAGUUGGAAGAAUCCAGCAAGGCCAGAAUGGAAUCUGUGAAUCGGCCUUACACUUCACUUAUGCCCCCUUUAUCCCCACAAACCAAAAUAGUCACUCCCUACACUGCUUCACAGCCUUCACCUCCUCUGCCUCCUCCCCCUCCUCCCCCUCCUCCUCCACCGCCACCUCCUCCUCCACCCCCUCCUCCACUCCCUAGCCAGUCUGCCCCAUCUGCAGGCUCCUCUGCCACAAUGUUUGUCAAGUACAGCACAAUCACCAGGCUGCAGAAUGCAGCUCAGCAUUCAGGGCCCCUGUUUAAGCCCCCACCGCCCCCUGUGAUGCAGUCUCUGCCCUUAGCCUCACAGUCAGUGAAGCCUCAGAUCCUGGUGCCCCCAAGUGGAGUUGUUCCACCACCCCCGCCCCCUCCUCCACCCCCGACCCCUGGUUCAGCUAUGGCCCAGCUAAAGCCAGCACCAUGUGCCCCAUCCCUUCCACAGUUCAACCCUCCUCCUCCUCCACUGAAGAUUCAUCAAGUUCAACAUGUUACUCAGGUGGCUCCUCUCACACCCCCACCAGCUCCUCCCAUCCCUGCAGUCCUCCCUCCUCAAGCGCCCCCUAAGCCCAUCGUGACCAUUCCAGCACCAGCCAGCGCCAAGACUGUGCCCCCAGUUAUGACACAAGCUGCACCACCUACCCCUGCUCCUCCAAUUCCCCCAGCAAAAAAGCAGGCAGUGUUCCCUAUUUCUCACGUUCCGCCCUCUGUGUCAGCUCCCAUUCCAGCUCCAACUCCAGCUCCAGUUCCCCCACCCACACUGCCCAAGCAGCAGAGCUUCUGUGCAAAGCCCCCUCCCCCACCACUGUCUCCAGUGCCCUCCUUGGUGAAGCAGAUGGUCAGCCAGUUCCCACCCCCUCCAACACCUCCCCCUGUGGAAUCUCAGCCCUUAAAGCCUAUUCCAGCAAACCUCACUCCACAGUCCCCUCCUGCUGUGAAAGCAAAACCCAAGUGGCAGCCCAGCUCCAUCCCUGCUCCUUCUCCUGAUUUUCCUCCUCCCCCUCCUGAAAGCAGCCUGGUGUUUCCUCCACCACCUCCGCCCCCACCACCACCACCACCUCCACCAGCCCCGGCCCCAGCCCCACCACCAGUGCCACCCACAGCUUCUCCUACCCCUGACAAAGGUGGAUCUCCAGGCAAAAAGCCCAGUAAGAUGUCCAGCCCUGGGGGAAAGAAACCACCCCCUACCCCACAGCGCAACUCCAGCAUUAAAUCCAGCACUUGUGCAGAGCACCCUGAGCCUAAGAGACCCUCCAUAGACAGUCUAGUCAGCAAGUUUGCACCACCAACAGAAUCAGGGUCUCCCAUCAAGGAGACCCCACUCCCUCCUGCAGCACCCCCCAAACCUGGAAAACUACAUCUUUCUGGAGUUAGUCUUCCCAAUGUUCUCCAACAAGGGUGUGUGUCGUCAAAACCCUCUCUUCUGAGUGGGCGUGCAAAGGACUCUGUAGUGGAAUUUCCUUCUCCUCCAUCUGAUUCUGAUUUUCCACCCCCUCCACCUGAAAUUGAGCUUCCUCCGCCCCCCAUCGAGAUCCCAGCAGUAUUCUCUGGAAACACCUCUCCAAAAGUGGCAGUUGUUAAUCCUCAACCACAGCCAUGGUCUAAAGCCUCAGUGAAGAAGGCCCCUCCACCUACACGACCCAAACGGAACGACAGUACCCGCCUCACUCAAGCAGAGAUCUCUGAGCAGCCAACAAUGGCCACAGUUGUGCCACAAGUGCCCACCUCUCCCAAAUCCAGCCUUAGCGUCCAGCCUGGAUUCCUGGCCGACCUCAACAGGACACUGCAACGGAAAUCCAUUACUCGGCAUGGCUCGCUGUCAUCCUCUCGCAUGUCCAGAGCAGAACCCACAGCCACCAUGGAUGAUAUGGCAUUGCCCCCACCACCCCCUGAACUGCUCUCUGAUCAACAGAAGGCCAGUUAUGGAGGCAGUCAUAUCUCAGGCUAUGCAACAUUGCGCAGAGGUCCCCCUCCUGCACCCCCCAAAAGAGACCAGAACACUAAGCUCUCGAGAGACUGGUAGCCACCACAGGACUUUACAUAUUUCAUGCUAUCUGUAAUCAGUUCUACAAUCAGCUCACCUGAUCCUCUGUGAAUUCAGGUGCUCAGAGCCUCCUGGUAUGAUGAUGAUGUUAUUCAGGUAGUGUUCAGCUGUAUGUGUGUGUACGUGUGCAUGUACACACAUAGCUAUACAGAAGUGUGUGUGUAUAUAUAUGUAUGUGUAUGUGUAUAGAAAGAGAAAACCAAGAAUGGUUCUAUUUAUUCCUUUCCUCUCCCACUCUGAAAAUGAAGUUCAUGCAUUUUGGAUGGAAGAGGCAUGGAAGGAGAUAGUGUUCUGUCUCUUAUAAUUUCUUUUUGUCUAUCAUGUGGAUUGGACCAAAACUUCUAAUUGCUCAUUUAGAAGGUAUUUUAUAAGUGUCUGUCCAUGUGCAGCCUAUUUGUGCAUGUUGUGUAUUAUAUAAUUAAGGAAUAGAUGUAUAAUGUGCUCUUUCUCAGUUUGAGAAAACAACCAGAAUGUGUGAUAUUAUCUACAGGGCUUUUGUGUUUGUUUUUUCCCCAGUUGAAGUUACAGCUGCUUGACUGACACUUCACUAUUACACAUUAAGGGGCACUUUAAAUCAGGAAAAUCUUUUAGCUUCAUAGAACAGGUAAAUAGUUCAUCAGGGGGAAAUUUUCACAGAUAUUGUCUAUGUGGUUGUGCAUAGAAAGUAAAUCCAUGGUGUAACCAAAUCAUUCUAGUUGUAGUACUCCUGCAGUAAUUCCACUCAACAUCUAGGACGUGUUCUCUCACAGGUAAGCUCUUUGCCUACAAUACAUGGAUACUUUUUAAUGCUACAGUGCUGGGUAGUUUUGAGUAUUUUUCUGAAGCUUUGUCAACUUGACUUCAUGAUCCUUGCUUUGAUUUAUUGUGAAAAUGUCUAGCACAAUCUCUCUGUAAUGCACUUUCCCAGUAUGUCUUUGGAUCACCAGUUAACCUUUUUAAGUGUGUGCUUUAUAGGUAGAUGUCAGUAUCUGUAGCCAAGUGGUAUAUGAAAUAUAUACAUCCUGUGCUCGAUAUGGUGCAUCAUUACAAAAAAACAAAAUCACUUCUGAAACACCCAUCUUUUUAAUGUAUUGCUUUCUAGGUGAGGUGAGAAAAGAGAACAAAACUGGGCCCUCUACAAGUGUUAUAUAUGGGUUAUAAUAUAUAAUACAAAAGAGAAUCCUUUAGAUAGGGAACUGUUGUGGAGGGAAAGAAAAUAAAUGAGGUUUUUGAUAAGUGACAUCUAUAGCUGGUCCUGGUUGUAGAGACUGUUCAGGUUACCAGGUGUUCUGAUGAAGUAGUACAGUGACAUUACAUAUCAUGUAUGUGCAGUUCGGUAUAACAUGGAAUCAUUGCUCUGGGGAUGAUACACUAUACUUCUAUAUGCUUCACACUAUCCUUCUGUAUACUCUCUGUACAUUUUUCCUUGGUACAUGAGAGAAAUAUGUACUGUCCCGUUAGUUUUUGAUGAUAAAUUGACUGUUAGGAAUAAAAUGCAAUCUUAGAGCUGCUUUUAAACAGAAUAAAAACUGGCCAGCCCAGCAAUUAUAAAUGAAUACAUCUUGUAAUGAAAGUCUAUGCCUGUUGGAAGGAUUACCAGUGAAAACUACAGAAAUCUUUUGGCAGUGCCCCACAAGGAGAAAGUGAUGUUGGGGAAUUGAGGCAAAGUGAAACUAAAGUUACACUGUAUGUGAAGGUAUCACUGUAACCCUCCAAGAAAGAACUGCAUCAUAAUAGAGUAGCUGGCACCUCUCCAUUGCCACAUCUCCAGGAUAUUGUUCAAUAUAUUCACAUGGUUAUGGAGCAGUAAGAAUACAAACCAUUGUGCAUUUCUUAAAAGUCUUUCUUCUUAAAAUAUAUUUUUUGAUCUUUCAAAUUAUUCAGAAGUUUUGUGUGCUUGACAUACUUAUGAAGUGACCUUCAUCUGCACUGUUAAUGUAAGCACGCACAAUUUGGGUUACUUUUGAGUACUGAUUGCCAAGCUCCACUGAGACUCCAGCGAAGUAAUUUCCCAGUCUUCUACUGCUGCUUUAUAUUCUAAGGAUCACCCACAUUUGUAGGGUAAUGGAGCUAUUAAGACUAUGAAUCCAGUUGUCUAAGUUUUCAUCCUGAGGGUUUUGUUUCUAAGGAAGGUAGAUGGACAACUUCAAUUUUGAGGGGAAAAUAAUGUACCUCCAAUCUUCUUUCACCCAUGAUUUGAGCUCUAAAACAGUCUUUGUUUAUUCAUUGUGUAAUUUCUUAUUUCCAUCCUAUAACAGCCAUCCUAAACCACUGCUGUUGGUCUGUUUUCUUUGAAGAGCAGACAUCAUUGAGCACUGGUGAUGGCAAGAAGAGAUCAGGGCCAGAGCAGCGACCAUGCCAUCUCUAUCCCUAGCCCGCUGGCUGGCUGGCCGGCCAGCCGACUAACUACAGGCUUUUCCUGUACAUUACUACCAAGAUGGAAGUAGCAAAGAAAAAAAUUUUACAUGUCAUACAACUGAAUCAAAAGACCUCUAACACUUUAUUUUUCUAGUAUUUUACUCCCUAGUUUUCUUUAACAUGGUUUUUGUUGGGAUGAUGUUAGGGACCAAGGGAGGUUCAGGUUUUAUUCCCCUGAGACUACUCUAGUUUUGUAGCUCUUUUCUCUGGUGUGUUCAUGUAAAACACCUACUGCCAGAUGAUGCUAGGACUGUGCCUUCUUCCACUGCCUUCUGCUCUGCAGCUCCAUCCCUACAUGGCUUUCUUCAGGCCAAUGAAGGCCAUGGCUGGCUGACUUGCCUGUAUUAAGAGCCAAUGCAGGCAAGCUCUACCUGCUCCUGGGGGAGGUGCAAACAGGUGCCUAUUAGAGCCAGUGAUUUCCUUAAUUGAGACAUCCUUAACUUUUGCUAUAGACAGUUUCGGAAUUGGAUCACUCUGUUUAAAAGUUUUGGCACCAACUCUGAAGGACAAUAGAACCUUGCUCAUUUAAUUAAACAACUUACUUCAGGUUCAUAGGUUGGAAUAUAAACAUUAGACUAUUCUGUAUUGAAUUUUAUCAGCUUGGCUUUUACUACUCAAAAACCUAGAUUUAUAUACCCCCCCCUUAACUGCUGUAAUUCUCAUAUCUAAUAGAUAAGUUUAUUGUUUCUAGAUACCCACUUAACUGCAAACCAGACUUUUAAAAUUCGAGACAUUUUAAAAUUAGAUUUCUAAAUCUUAAGCUAUAGAAAUGAAUAUUUUCAUCAGAAAAUUUCAAGCAAAUAUUGUAAACAUGAUGGUGUUUUACAGUCCUCUAAAAUCAAGGUGCUCCUGCCCAUGAACAGCCUAUCUUGCAAAGGGCUGUGCAGUAUCUUGGGUCCCUUGUCUGUACAUGUUUACCAUGUACAUGUUUACCAUGAAGUUCAUCAAGAAAGUCAAAAUUGAGAGGUUUAAUUCCAGUAAGGUGACAGUUCUGAGACCAAGAUUAAUAGAAACUGUAUAACCAAUUGAAGUUUCAAAAGCUGCUAUUCUAGAAGACUGCUGCUAAUAGCUAUGUCAAGGAUAUAAGGUUAUAAAUUAGCUUGUAAAAUGUUUGAGGUUAUGGUGUGGAUUGGUUUGAUUUUGGUUAUCCAUCCAACAGAACCCUUUGUUACCUCUGUUCUUCAACCCAAAACAAGUUUUAUGUUACAAAACACAAGGUAAUUUUUAAACAAGAAACCUAUUCCUGUUUUUGUACAUUACCAAAUGUUUUCAUGUGCUCUCAGAACUAACAUUUUAACUCAUGUAACCUGCAGAUUUUAUUUAAAUUUAGACCAACUGAAUCUGUAUACCCGUGAUUACAGGUGUGUUGACUCGCUCUCAGUAAAAAUGGCUGUAUAUCUCAUGAGAAAAAUUCUUUUUAAAAAAGUCCCUGUAGAUUGCAAAUACAGCUUUACACCAUUUUAUAAAGCAUGUAUCCCUAACCUGAUUGAUAGGAAUAUGUGACCUCACAAAGUUGACAUUUGAUCCAAAGAGAAAUAAAAGCAAGUAGAACAGAAUUAAAUAUUCAACUAAUUAAAUAUUCAACUAUCUUGUUGCUUUUAAGCCCCAAAAGAACAUUUCUACACCUUUACCAUUCAAAAGCUAAAAAAUAAAAAAGUGCUCAGUUGUUAUGGUUCUUAAAAGAUCUAUAUGUAAAAGAAAUCUGAAAUACAGCAGAAGAAUAAACUUGUUCAAUUAAAAAUAAGCAAAAUACCUGAUAAAUACUUGAACAGGAAAAAUGAUGGGUUUGCUCUUUCCUUGUUUGAAUAAAUCAUUCAGAAAACUAUUUACUGUAAUUGAUCCCCAGUGCCUUGAACUCUUUGGGAGGAAUAGCAUUUAAAACAAAAACCCAGGAAGCAAGCUUUGAGGUGCUAAUGAAAGCCAAGGAAGGUAACCCUAGUUUUGGCAAAAAUGGAAAAAAGUGACAGUUUCACAAGAGAUGGCUUUAUCUAUCUAGGACUGGCUGCUUUCUACCAAAGAAGUUUGAAGAAAUGAAUUGAGUUAGGAUGAUGAUGAACACUACAUAAGUAAAAGAUGGCCAAGUUCAGAAGCAUAUUGGUCACCAGGUGGCUAUUAACACCAAGCGCACAUGAUUGUUAGGGCCUCAGCCUCCUCUUAGGCAGUAAAACAUGUCUGCAGUACUUGGGGGAGGGCUCUAUGUUUUGGAAACUAUCCAUUGCUUGUUAAAUUUAUUAUAACCUAAUGCCAAAAACUGCUGUUUUUUUCAUGAUUCCCCAUCUCCUUUUUUUUUAUUUGUAAAUAAUCCCUCCUAGAAAAUAAGCAUCAACUGGAAUGUUUCAAAUGAUUCUGCUUAAUUUUGUUAUCAGCCACCAGUGAAUAAUUCUUAGAGAUGUAUGUUUAAGGUAAAAUAUCAUUAGCUUGUGCUAAGUGUUGUAAAAACAUUGUUUACUGUUCUGAAGGCAAAUUGCACAUAUAUUUAACUGGGAUUGCUCCCUCCCCUCCUGUUUCUUUAAAGAAGAGUUAAGACUUACGCUGACUUUAGGCAGUGUGAGCUUUGCCAUAGGUACAUUGUAGAAAUAUACUUUUUUAGAGCAUGAAAAAAAAUGACAAAAGGAACUACAUUAUAAAGUACUGGUUAGAGGACAUUAUUCAGAGGAUUAUGCACAACUCGGUAAAGAUGAAGUUAACAAAGAUGUUUCUUUUAGCUUUGUUGAGAUUUUCUUCUGCAUAAAUGUAUGCUCUCAUUUCAUUAUGUGCCUUGCUCCCUGAUUGUGCAAAACUAUAUAUAUAUAUAUAUAUAAAAUAUAUAAGAGGUAUAUUCAGUACUACUGAGGAUGUUUUUGUUCUACUGGAUUAAGUUAUUUUCCAAAUUACUCUUACCAGUUAUUGUCAGUAAACUAUUGUAAUGGUUUAGGACAGUAGUCAUACAGUCAGUGUAAAUUUGUUUUUCCAGUUACAUGUUUGCAUCACGUCAGCUUACCCAGUCCUUAAUUAAAAAAAAAAAAGUAUGUAAGUAUAUAUAUAUAAAAAAAAAAACAUGUAAACACGGGGACUUUGAGUGUUUGUGGAUCGCCACCAUUAAGAAUCUGGUUUGGGUUUUAAUGUCAAGGAACCCCCAAAACAAGCUGUAUAGUAAGAACAAAUUAAGUGUGAAGGUGAAUUAAGUUUGAUAUGUUCAAUUUAAUAAUUUAUAUCAAUAGACUGAGGGAGCUUUGGCUAUGAAUGCGCUAGUAGUAAUUAACCAAUAACUUAAACUUUUUUUCUUUAAAUAAAGUACAACUAGGUGUAACUAA